UUUUAGAUUUACAAAAUGACUUGUAUAUUUCGGAUAAUUAAAAGAUACUGGUCAUCGUGGGGCUCACAUGGGUCACUGCAGCGGGUCAGCUUUACUCCUAGUACUAUUGUAACGGACCGGGAGCGCAUACUGCGUAACAUCGCAUCUCCGACUCCCUUUCAAAACUUUCUCAAUGAAAUGCGUUUGACGUCAUUACAAGAUAUGGGGAAGGCUAAGAUGCCACUUCGAGAAUCUCUUAAAAUGCGGAAGUCUGCAGUCCGUCUUUGGUCUAGCCUGUCAGAGAAGAAGAAGAAGAAAUAUAGAGUGCUAGCUGACAAUUGGCAAUUCACCCGCCUACCCAUGCAAUACAUUGAGAAAAGUACUACCCAUCUGGGUACACAGCUAACCAAUAACCCGGAAGUCCUCGAGUCGACAGAUGCAUCUGUAACGAUUGUCGCAAGUCGCAAAUCAAGAAGGUCAUCAAGAUCCAUGCCAGUGAAACGGAAGACUCGCUCCAAGUCUGUGACAAAACGACGAAAGGUUAAGAAACCCUCGGAAAUUAUAGCUCCACCGGAACUACCGAAGACUCCCAGAAGAAAGCGCAGAAUGAACGCAGCUGAACGUCGAAGCAGCGAAAUUUUUGCGAAUCUGAGCAACUGCGUCUCUCGCAUUGACUUACCAGAGAUGCCGAAAGUUCCAGAGACGGAGGAGAUGCAGGAGCUAGAGGUGCAGGAGCUAGAGGUGCAGGAGGAGAACCAACCAGAUUUGUCAACCCAUCGUCAUACUAAACGCAAACGGCUUAACAACCAAGUUCACUCUUAAUUAUUGUGCAUUAAAAUAUGCAAGCAUAACAUCAGA